AUGGCUGAGUUUUUCGGAAGAAAGCCGACCAUUGAGGAAAUCUAAAAACUAUUAUCACCCGCAGGAUUUUUAAGUGAAUUACAAUAUAAAGACUAUGAAGAUGAGUAUUUAGUUAAAGAUUUAAACUAAUGGGGGAUGCCAAAGGAAAUCGGAUUUAAAGUCAAAGGACCAGAACCAACAAGAUUUGGAGAUUGGGAAAGAAAAGGAAGAUGUACAGAUUUUUGA